GGGAGAUCGGGCAGCAAGGGCAGUUUAAUUUUGUGUUUCUGCCCGUGAAAUUCCUCUCUGUAGAGUUGGCCAGUUAAAGAAAUAAUAUUUAGGAACUGGCUUCGAAUUGGUCAUAAAGACCUUGAGAGGAGCAGGAGAGAGAGAGAGAGUGAGAGAGAGGGCGAGCGAGCAAGCGUGAGAGAGAGAGAAAGACAGAGAGGAGACUAGAGAGGGCUCCAUUCUUGCGCUUUAUUCGCUUCAAAAUAGAGUCUUUGCUGCAACUCUGAGAACGAGGUUUCGAACGGAAGCGUACCCACCCACCUUCUUCUCUCCCUAUCUUCGCCUCAUUCUCCUCUAAUCCUGUUUUCUAGUGCCUACAUUGCUUUCUACCCUUUCAAAGCUCCGACUUUUCUACUUAAUCCUGCAUUGUCGUUUUAAUAAACCAACUUCCACUUCUUUUCUUAUGAGCCUCAAUUCCCUUCCUUGAUUCUAUAAAUGUAAUACUGGGAGAGUUCCAAAAUCCUUUUUUUUUUACUCUAUAUGAUGUUUAUCGCUGUUUCCCUGUUCAUUUCUUAUGAAGAAUCCAUUAAUUAAGUGAUCAGGGGAAUAGUUCAGUGGAGAAAGAGGUGGGCCUCUUUCUUCAAGGCAGUCUCUCUAUUUUUAAGUUAUAGUAGGUUUGGACCCAUUUCUCUUUUUCUGUUAUUUCCCACCAGUCAAGUAAAUCCCCAAUUCCUAAAGAGCUGCAUAGGCCAAGGAAGGGGAAAGAGGAGGGCUUUUCUCCUCAGCUGCAUGAAGGAGCUCUGCAACAAUGAGAGAUGAGAAUUCUAAGAAAAGCAAGCUCUCAUGGUCUAAGUCCCUGGUUAGGAAAUGGUUCAAUAUCAAGAACAAAGCUCAGGACUUCCAUGCUGAUGAUGUUGUCGAGAGAGGAGUAGAUGGAGAAUGGAGGACUAACUUUUCAGAGAGAGAAACAUGGACUGUUAAGAAAAGCAAGACAGAGAGAUUCUGUAAGAAGAACCCUGAUCGGGCUUGGCAAGCAAAAUUUGAUUUUGAUGAAUCUCAAGUAACUGAUACUCAGGAUUACAGAUUGUUCGUCGCAACAUGGAAUGUUGGUGGAAAAUCCCCACCAAGUCAUCUGAAUCUUGAGGAUUGGUUGCAUGCUUCUCCUCCAGCUGAUAUUUACAUCUUGGGGUUUCAAGAAAUUGUUCCACUGAAUGCUGGGAAUGUACUGGGCACCGAAGACAAUGGCCCGGCGAGGAAAUGGGUUUCUCUUAUAAGGAAAACAUUGAACAAUCUUCCCGGGGCUAGCGGAUAUGGGAGUUACCAUACACCUUCACCAGUCCCCAACCCAAUUGCUGAGCUUGAUGCUGAUUUUGAGGGCUCUUCAGCAAGGCAGAAGAAUUCAUACUUCUUUCACCGCCAUUCUUUCCAGUCCCUCAGCCGGAGCUUACGGAUCGAUAGUGAUAUCAUGGUGCCACAGCCAGGCCUGGAUCGUCGGUUCAGCGUUUGUGACCGGGUCAUUUUCGGUGGCAGGCCGAGUGACUUCGACCCCAACUACAAAUGGGGUUGUUCUUCAGAUGAUGAAAAUGUUGGAGUAGAAUCACCUACUACUGUCUUUUUCUCGCCAUUCUCCUAUGGCUAUGGAGUUCCUACAAGUAUGGAAGAUAGAGAGAGAUGUGCAGGGAGAUCUAGGUACUGUCUGGUCGCAAGCAAGCAAAUGGUUGGGAUAUUCCUCACUGUUUGGGUUAGGAGUGAAAUAAGAGAUGAUGUAAAAAAUUUGAAGGUGUCUUGUGUUGGUAGAGGUCUGAUGGGCUAUCUCGGGAAUAAGGGUUCAAUUUCAAUAAGCAUGUCUUUGCACCAAACAACCUUCUGCUUCAUUUGUAGUCAUUUAACCUCUGGGCAGAAAGAAGGCGAUGAACUUCGGCGGAAUUCUGAUGUAAUGGAGAUUCUAAGAAAGACAAGAUUUCCCCAAGUUAAUGGUCAGGGCAAUGAGAAAUCACCUGAAACAAUCUUAGAUCAUGAUCGAAUAAUAUGGCUUGGAGAUUUGAAUUAUAGAAUUGCUCUUUCCUAUCGGUCAACCAAGGCUCUAGUUGAAAUGCACAACUGGAAAGUGUUGCUUGAAAAAGAUCAGCUUAGAAUCGAGCAAAGGUGCGGGCGAGUCUUUGCAGGGUGGAAUGAAGGAAGAAUAUACUUCCCCCCAACGUAUAAGUACUCGACUAACUCAGAUCGUUAUGCUGGCGACGACUUGCACCCGAAAGAGAAACGACGAACGCCGGCUUGGUGUGACCGAAUUUUAUGGCAUGGAAGAGGUCUUCAUCAGUUGGCUUAUGUUCGUGGAGAGUCGAGAUUUUCUGAUCACCGACCGGUUUAUAGUAUCUUUGAUGCUAAGGUUGAAUUGAAUCAUAAUCGUUUCUCUAGGAAUACGAACUAUGCAAGCUCUCGAGUAGCGGUGGAGGAACUUUUACCUUACUCACAUGGUUACGCUGAAUACAAUUUCUACUGAUUUUGGAUAAGUAGAUUUCUUGGUAAAAAGAAUGUACAGAUUACUUGUUGAGAUCUCAACAACCUGUGAGAGCUGGAAACUAAGAAUCAAGGUUCUCAUGGUAACCUAUGUUUCUCUAGGCUUUCAGGACUCUGCAGUAUUGAUCAGAGAAAAAUCCAAUAGCCAGAGAUAGAAAAAGAAGAACUGAGUUCUCAACAACUGAUUCAAGG